AUGAUUGAGCCUGAUAGAGCUUUGGAUGAUAUUAUACAAAGAAUUGAAAUUGUUACAACUCAUCUUGCGACAUUAUUUUGUGUCCUAGAUAAGGAAUUAAAUAGCCUCUAUCAGAUAAAUGAACAAUAUAACAUAAAAAAUAAACAUCUACAUUAUAAUAAAGAUACCAAUAGUAUUAGAUCAGCUCUAUCUGAAAAAAUCUCAAUUAUUAUAAAUAGAAAUAAACAAACAAAUUGGGAGGAUUCUCUUGAAAACGCAAAUGAUAUCAUAGCAACACUUGAUGAUACGGUCACAAAACUAGAAUCUCUUUCUACAAUAGUUACUGGCCUUGAGUGUAUACAAAAUUGUGUAAUUGAAGAUAAUUUAAAGGAUAAAUUAGUAGAUAAUUAUAUUAAUGAAAAUAGCUUACUUUUAAGAAUAUGUAGAAAUAUAAGUAGAUUACUACUACACAAAGUAAAGCUAGAAAAGUAUGAUACUGAAGUCAAUGACGAGCUUGAUCAUUAUAAAAAUGAACGAUUAAAUAAUUUAGAAAGAAAACUUAGAGAAACUGAAAAAGAAUUAUGUGCUCAAAGGCAAAUUUGUAAUGAGUAUAUAUCAAGAAUAGAUUACUAUGAAGAAUUACUACAAAAUAAAAUAGCAAAAUCUAAUUUUGAAAUACUUGACAAAAAUUCAAUCUUACAAGGAAUAUUCUCUGAUAUUUCAGAUUAUAAUAGGAAUUUUCAAAUACAAAAUAAUAAAGUUAAUUAUGAAGAAUUAUUUUAUAUUGAAAAUACCCAAAGAUCAUAUCAUUUAUUACCAGUAUCAUUAUCAUUGGAUCCAGCAGUUGUUAACUAUAAUAUAUUACCUAAGAACAGUAAUAGAAAUAAUCCUAAUCUUGAAUUUUUUUAUAUUAAUAAUCAAAUGGGAUUUGUAACUGAUCAAAUAGAAGUUCUGCAAGAUUGUAAUUUUCAAAAUUCAAAUAUUGAUGAUACAACUACUUUACAAAGUUAUGAAGAUACAGAUUUUACUACUAUACUAAAUCUUAGGGAUCAAGUACAAAUACUUUCUAAUGAUCUUGAAUUGGUAAAAGAGGAAAAUAGGAGAUUACAUAAACAAAAUGAAGAUCUUAAAACUUCCUCACUAUUACAUACAGACACUCUUGAAAAUGAUCUUGCCCAUAUUAUAAAAGUUGUAGAUGAUAAGCAGACAAAUUAUAGAUUAAAUAAUAAAUUGCCUGAAACUGCUAUUUCCAGUAUAUGUAAACAGCAAAGUAUACAUAUAGUGGGACUCAUAAAUGCUAAUAUUAUCAAUGAAACGAAACCUUAUCUUGUUAUGUGGGAGCCAAUAGUAGAAAAUAAGUUAGCUAGUAUCAAAACUAUUCCACUACGAUUAGCAUCCUAUGGACAAUAUCGCAAAUCUAUGAUGAAAAGAGAAAUCAAGUUACAAUGUACUAUGGAGAAAUUUAAAACCUCGAGGAUUGUCACUUCAAGGAAACUUCUCUAUACAGAUCUACAUCAUGCUAAGAAGUUUACAACACAAAAUAAUGAUUCUUUAUAA